UGACUUGUUACAUUCUGUUUAUCGAAGUGGUUGACUUGGUGCAUUAUGUCUCUCCGUUAUUUUACGGGGAAGUAUUGGUACUGAACUUAUUAUUAUUGAACGAGUGAUUCAACUAGGACACUGCUGAUGCUGUUAUUUUGGUUGAGACUUAAGAUAUUUUCUUGUGGCUAUUAAGCAUCCAAAGCUUUUGCUGCUCUUGAUUCGAACACGCUUAGAGAGCAGAUAGAUAUUCCGAACUGGUACUGCAAAAAUGGACCUGUAUGUGUUAAAAAAAGGAAAGACUGGUUUGUUCAGAUACUAUAUGUAUUCCGUAUUUGCACUGCAAAAAUGGACCUGUAUGUGUUAAAAAAGGGAGACUGAUUUUGUUAAUCAUAUUCUGUAUGUUCAUAAAGUUCAUGUACUCUAUGUGCAACAGCUGGCACGGCGGUUUCCUUUCAGGAAGGAGAUGGACAAAUCAAAACUUCUCUGAAAUCGGAUAUUUACGAAUUUACGAUCCAAACUAAGCUCUGCGACUCUAUGAUUUUGUCACUAGAAUCUACAUACGUUUCUAUGAUUCUGAUAGUUAAGAUUAGAUUUUUAGGAUUUGCAAUCUUAUCAUCAGAGCUUUGAUCCGAUUCUGAUUCUAAUAGUUAAGAUUUUAUGAUUCAGACCUUUGAUCUGAUUCAGAAUCACGAUUUAUGACUACGUGAUACAGCAUGACGUGCUCCUCUGUUUUGGGUACACACUCCACGGCCUUCAUCCGGCAGAGCCACAGUCACCCAACACAGCGAGCAGGCACCGUCAGGCUACCGGUUCGUUCAUUCAUCCCGCACCCACCUACACGCAGACGCAGCUCUCGGCCGCCGCCGCCGCCAGGGCAAUGGAGCCCGAGCCCGACCGCGGCGUCUCCCUCCUCUCCCCCGCCCCAAACCCUAGCCACAAACCCUGCCUCCGGGCGGCCAAGUCCAUGGCCUUCAAGCGCGAGGAGCGCCGCAAGCACAAGGAGCAGAAGCGGGAGCGCAAGCGACAGGAGAACCUCGCCCUCGCGCUCGCACAGUGGGAGCCCCUCGGCGCCCCACCCCGCCCGGCCGCCACCUCCACUCCCGGCGAGCCACCCGAUGACAAGCCCUGGCCGUGUGACCCGCCAUCUCCCGCGGACGCCGCGCCCUCCGCCGCCUGGGGCUGGGGCCCUCCGGCGGAACCGCCGGCGCAGCCGCCGGUCGCGGCAAGGUGCCCCCAGGCCGACGCGGUGAGGGCGUGCCGCGCGUUGUUUGAAGAGCACGCCGAUGACGACGACGACGGCGAGGAGGGGGAGGAAGAGGAAGGCGAUGUGGCCCGGUUCUUCGACGAGCUUCUGGAGAAAGACGCGGGCCUGAGGGGGUUCUACGAGGCGGAGCGGGAGACGGGGCGGUUCCUGUGCCUGGUGUGCGAGGGGGUCGGCGCCAGGGCGGGGAAGCGGUUCCCCGGCUGCGCCGCGCUGGUGCAGCACGCCGGCUCGGUCGCCCGCACCAAGAGGAGGCUCGCGCACCGCGCCUUCGCCGACGCCCUCGGCCGCCUGCUCGGCUGGGGCGCCGGUCGGACCACCCCUGUUCCGGCCGAUUGCGACAACGAUGGCGCUACUGAUCAAGCUGAGCACUUGGAUGCUUCUGAAUGUGCAGAAAUGGAGGUGGCCUAAUUUAGCUCAUCGUGCUAACUUAGAGAUUCUUUCUUUGGUCAGAAAACUUGGAAAUACAUGUGAUUUGGUUUGAUGUAUCGAUAACCUGGAUGCUCGUUGUCAACAUCUGCGUGUAAUCUAGUUCUGGUAACCUU